AUGUUCCCUCUUGUCGUCUUCUUCAUCCUAGCGGCAAGCCUCGCCGCCACCACCACUGCGGGGUCCAGACCCCAAAGGCACUCUCUCGAGCUAUUCUGGAGCCCGAGAUUCCUCGAAGCGUCCACGGACGAGCUCAGCCCGGCCCACAUCGUAUCGGCCAUGGCGCUCAACGUCUCGACGCUGUCCACGGGCAUCGUGCCCCAGCAUGGUCUCCCCGCGGUCAAGGUCACUGCAUUUGACCACCGCCACCUCGACACGGCGGCGCCCUCCUUGUCUUCCGUCGACGCCAGCAGCGGCCUGCUCAUGCAGUUCCUGCACAAGGUGCUCGCGGACGUGGCCGGGCACGCGUGCGGGCUGUCGGCCGCCAAUGCGGACGACGGCGGCAAGCCCCUGAUCGCGAGCCGGGCGGGGAUCAGGGUCGUGGACGACCGGUCUGGCGACGUCGUGGCCAUGCUCGGCUACGAAGUGGACGAGGACGGCGCCUCCGACGGUGGCAGCACCCGCCGCUCGAGCUGGUGCCUGCCCCGGAGCGCUAGCGCACCCCCGACGGUCGGCGGAGAGAAGUCGGUCGGGAAUGUGGCUGUCGCGUCGGCGUCGGAGAUCAUGGACGUGCUUCGGGAGAAGGAGAACCAGGGAUUCAAGGCCAACAGCCUCGUCCCGAUCAACAUGACGCACAUCUUCGUCAUGAAUGGUCUCCUCGAUCUCGCCCAGACAGCCGAGACGCCGGACCCUGCCUCUGCGGCCGCCACCAUCGAUUUGUCUUCCAUGCCAGGCCCGGAGGAGCUCGACCUGUUCUCGCUCUGCAACAUAACGGGCAUCGCGCACGACGCCAUGGUCGAGGCCGACAGCGAGCUGCAGGUGGCGAAGCGCUGGGACUGGGGCGACCCCGUCACGGGCGAGGACAUGGUCUGGGACUCGCCCGUCGGCGACGACGGGGCCACGGCGGCGCCUGGGGAGCGCGACUCGGCGGACUGGAGCGGCCUCUUCGACACGCCCAAGGUCGGUGACGACAAGGACGCGGACGCGCCCUUCUCGUCGCUCGACGGCAAGCACCGCGGCAGCGGCAAGGCGGCGGACGCGGUCCUGGACGUGACCAAGGACGUGGCCAAGAGCAGCCUCAAGGGCCUCAUCACGUCGGCGCCCAAGGUGGCGCUCGCGGCGGCGGGCGGCGGCGUGACGGGCGUGCUGGGCGAGCUGGGCAAGGCGGCGGCCAAGAAGGUGGCCAAGGAGGUGGCCAAGCACAUCGCCAAGAAGACGGGCAAGAAGAUCUUGGGCAAGCUGACGCACGCCGACGAGAGGGCCGAGGAGCUGGAGAUCCAGAGGGCGGUGGACGCGCGCCUCGAGGUGGAGAAGGCGGCCGAGGCUGCCGCCCGCCGGGCCGUCAACAAGGCCAAGGACGAGAUGUGGGCUGCCCAGGCGAGCAAGGACGCCGAGCUGGACCGCAUGCGCAAGACGAUCGAGGAGCUCAAGGGCCCGCCCAAGAGCAUCCUCAAGGGGUCCAAGGCCGAGGGCAAGAAGGUCAAGUGGGACGCCGAGGUCGAGGGCGGGAACGCCGACUCUGAGACGGACGAGGAGGCGGACGCGAGAAUGUCCCAGUCGGUGCCGGCGCUCGCGGAACGCCCCAAGUACCGCGGUGCCUACCCGGGCCAUGGGAUCGUCAUCGACGAGCCUGGUGAGUCGUCUGGGCAGGGUCCGUCGUCCAAGGGCAAGGAGAAGCAGGGGACGGAAAAAGCAGCUGUCCCCAAGGUCAAGCCUCCCCCUCCGGCGCCCGGCAUCGAGAUCAAGGACGACGAGGGCGAGCCGGCAGCACCCGUCGACAAGAAUGGCAAAGGCAAGCAGAAGGUCGCCUUUGCCGAAGACGGCGCCCUCUCCCCGCCUCCCCCCCCUUCGGCUCCCGGCGGCUCCAACGGCGACGGGGGCAACGACCCGCAGGACAACCGUUUCGGCCACCGGCCCGGGCAGAAGCUCGCCUACUGCGAGUGGGUGGGCGAGCCCGGCAACCAGUGGGCGCAGUGGAUCCCCGUCACGGAGGAGUGGGAGGACAUCCCCCUCGACGGCGCGAGCGACAAGAGACUCCGCCGGUCCGUCCCUGUCAUCCUCGGCCCUCGUUCUUCCUCUCCCGAGCCUUGUGCCGCCGCGGCGCUCGAGAGCGCCUUGUUCCAGGCGCGCCAGCUGUCGGCCGUGCUGGCCCAGAUCCAGCAGGAAGGCGACGUUGAAGAGGGCGACGAGGCGCUCUUCGCUCCGCAGCAGGUGAUACUCGACCGCAUCCAGGGCAACAUCACAUCGCUCCAGUCGUCGCUGGGUGAGGGCCUGCUGUGCGGCAGCCAAGGCGAGGCGGAGUCGGCACCGGCACCGGCACCGGCACCUGCCCCGGCGGCGUCGUUGUUCACGGACCUCACGGACGUGUUUGACGGCAGCGAUCGGUACUUUGGCCUGUCGAUUCGGGGCUUGAGGGUCGUCGAGGCGGGCGAGUGCAAGGAUGCGCCGGUUCUGGAUGCGGGUUGGCUCGGCUGCGGGACUGCUGUUGCGGCGGCUGCGUGA